AGGAACCCUGUGUCCAAUUUGCUACAUAUUAAAAUGCAAAAAACCUAUAAAAAAAAAAAAUGGACAUACCUUCACUCUCACCUGUGAAGUAGUCAUGUAGCCUAUUUAUAUAUAUAUAUGCCCUAUCUCACUCCAAUCACUUUCCCAUUCUUUCCUUGGGAAGAAGAAAAAGGAAAAAAAAUGGUCUCUUCUUCUCUUCCUCCUUUCUCUUUCAUUGUGGUCCUAUGGCUAUGCUUCUUUGGCUUGGCCAUGGCUACUCCACCUAGGAAACCCAUUGAUGUGCCCUUCCAGAAGAACUAUGUGCCCACUUGGGCUUUUGACCACAUCAAGUACUUCAAUGGUGGCAAUGAGAUCCAACUCUACUUGGACAAAUACACAGGUACUGGGUUUCAAUCCAAGGGUUCUUACUUGUUUGGCCACUUCAGUAUGCAAAUAAAGCUGGUUCCAGGGGACUCUGCUGGAACUGUGACUGCUUUCUAUUUGUCAUCUCAAAACUCAGAGCAUGAUGAGAUAGACUUUGAGUUCUUGGGGAACAGGACAGGCCAGCCUUACAUAUUGCAAACCAAUGUGUUCACUGGUGGGAAGGGAGACAGGGAGCAGAGGAUCUAUCUCUGGUUUGACCCAACAAAGGACUACCACUCCUACUCUGUGCUAUGGAACAUGUACCAGAUUGUAUUCUUCGUGGAUGAUGUGCCGAUUCGAGUGUUCAAGAACAGCAAGGACUUGGGGGUGAGGUACCCAUUCAACCAGCCCAUGAAGCUCUACUCGAGCCUCUGGAACGCAGACGACUGGGCCACGCGGGGCGGGCUGGAGAAGACGGACUGGAGCAAGGCCCCUUUCGUGGCGGCCUACCGUGGCUUCCACAUCGACGGCUGCGAGGCCUCCACAGAGGCCAAGUUCUGCGCGACCCAGGGCUUGCGCUGGUGGGACCAGAAGGAGUUCCAGGACCUCGACGGCUGGCAGUACCGGCGGCUGAUGUGGGUGCGCGGAAAGUACACCAUCUACAACUACUGCACCGACCGGUCGAGGUACUCCACGAUGCCGCCCGAGUGCAAGAGGGAUAGAGAUGUGUGAGGUGAACUAAUCAGUGAAUAAAAAAGGAUAUUCUUGUUUUGCUGCAGUGACUUAUAUCUCUCCCUGCACUCUGUUGAACUGUUAUUUGUCACUGGCAGAUAUUGCUGCUACUGCUGUUGUAUCAGAUGGGAUAUCUAUCUAUUUUGAUUAAAUGAAUGUAUCACUUAUGGGGAUUUAGGAGUAUAUAAAACUUGGGAUUCUUAGUGUGGUGCA